AUGCUUCGUGUUCUAGAGAGGGUUGCUGGAGCGAAGUACUGGUUAGAGGCCAUUGAGCGGAUAAUGGACGACUUUGAUUACACUGUGAAGCAGAAAUUAAAAAGAGCAGUGUCUUUACUGCGAGAUGGGGCCUACCAAUGGUGGCUCAUCGUGAGAGAUGGUACGCGGGCUGACCGUUUGACAUGGGACUUCUUUAAGGCGGCCUUUCAAGGGAAAUACAUUGGGGCGAGUUAUGUGGACGCCCGAAGGAAGGAAUUUCUAAAUCUGACCCAAGGCAACAAGACUGUGGCAAGGUACAAGGCAGAGUUUCUGCGGCUGAGUCAAUAUGCCCAUUGGAUUGCUGCAACUAAGCAUGAAUGGUGUGUGCGUUUUGAGGAUGGACUCCAAGAUGAGUUGCGUGUGCUGAUAGCUCUGCAGAGGGAGCGGGACUUUGCUGCCUUGGUUGAGAAAAUAAAAAUUUUUGAGGAUGUGAAGCACUCAAUGUGCCAUAACCGCGAAAAAGAUAGAGGCAGAUUUAAGAGGGAUUCAAGGCCUUCGGGUUCUUUGGGAAGACCUAUAAAGAAGGCCAGAUUUGAGGGGUCAGUCCGAGCAAUUUCUGUUGCUAUGGUUAGACCGUAG